AUGCAAACUUUUCAACAAACCAAAGAAGCAAUAGAAUCAUGCAUUCGUAUUUGCCUUUCGGAAAAGUCGAAUGACACCGACUGCAUUAACAAAUUUACAAAUUUGCUUGAAGACGCAUUAUCAGAGAACUCACCACAACAACAACAACCUUACUACUCUAAUAGAGAAAAGACCGAUUUACUUGAGUGUGUUUACCGAAAUUUAGUUUUAAUAAGUGAGGAAAAUAACAAAGAUAAUAAAGAAAAGAUCACUCUAAUCAAACAAACAUCAUGGGAGAUUUUCAAUAUCGUAUUACCCUAUCUAACAAAUUUGUUCGAUCACGCCGAGGAUGGAGAGACCGCCAACUCAACAACUAGGAUAGCGCGACAGAUCCUUGAGGGAAUCGCGAAAUAUAAUCCACCGCGAGAAAUGAUACUUUUGAUUCUUGAGAAAUUCAGCUUUAUUGAUUGGGAGAAUUUCGAGAAAAGUUUCAGGCAGGUGAUGUGUAUUAUUGAAGCAAUGAAAAUCGAUGAUGUGUCGAAAUUUUUGCCGGAUACAAUAAAAGCUCUAGUUCGUGCUCUAUCACAAUUAUCUAUAGAAAAGCAUAGGCAAGAAAGCGUUAUUGAGAGUGUUAUAGAAUUUUGUGAAAUCCUGGUCUCAUUAGUAGAAGUUGAUUAUAAGAAUGUUUCAAUAACAGAUCUUCAAAGCCAACACAACUCGAACUAUUACCUGUUAAAUUAUCUCUUCCUCUCGAUAUUUGACAAAUGUAUAACACCGAUAAAUUUUGAGAUGGCAUCAACUUAUUAUGAGACGUUUUAUCCGCGAUAUUAUAAUGUACCAGGACGAGAGAAACCUAGUAAGAGUGUGAGAGUGGAUGAUAGGACACGAUUGAACCGUUUGGUGCGUUUAGCUAUCAAAGCAGGCAUUGCGAUUGAUCAGCUACUUAGUUUUGUAAUAGAUUCGACGUAUUUGGAUUCCAAAAAACCACAAUCAUCAUCACAACUAAAGAUUGUUUUGCCCUUGAUUAUAUCGAGCGCUUGGCUGAUCAAUAAAAUUAUACCGGUUGCAUCAAACGGGUUUUCAAACGGGUUUCCAAAAGAUGUCGCGAAUACUACAUUAUCUGAUAAGAUAUUGCUGGUCCUGUUAUAUUUUACCGAUCGGAUUGAAGAAGGAACUAUAACUAGUGAAUACUUGGAAAAGGAAAUAAGCGAUACUAAGAUCACUAUUAUGACUUUUCUUCAGUCAAUUGCAAGUUUUGCCUCCACUUGUCCAAACUCGCAACAGAGAUUCGUUGCUUUUCGACUAUUGUCACGUGUAAUCGAUAUAUGCUCAAACGACGUGAAAGCAAUAAUCUUGAAUGAAUUGUUGAUAAAUUGUCCGUUCGAAACAAUGAAGACCGCCACGAUAAGUAUCAUCAAGGAAAAUAUUGCGUCAAGUCUUUCAAAAGUUUAUGAUGCUGAGGAGUCUAAAUCACGUAGACCGAUUGGCUCAAUUUUCUCGAGCUCUUUUGUCGUGACAACAUUUAUACCGAAAAUUCUUCGGUUUCAACAAUCUCAGCCUGAAUUUUUACGGGAUGAGUCUGCGUUCACGGAAAAGUAUAGUUAUAUCAUGCAAGGAUUGAAUUUUUAUUACUUGCUUUUAUCCAAGGAUAAGGAAAAUUUGACGACAGUCUGGGACACGAGUCAAAUUCGUGACACACAAAAAGAAUUCUUGGACCCGUUAAGAGAAGCAAGUGGUCAUUGGAUCAGCGUUUAUCAAAGUAAACUUGAGGAAUUAAAAAAGUCGAUAGGUGAAGACACAAUUACUACAACCACCACCACUACAGAAGAAAAUGCUGAUAAAGAAGCAUCGGGUAGAGUGGAACUAGAAAUUCCUGUGAAUGAUAUUGAAGCAGGAGAAGAAUCACAUCCACCACAGAAGAAAUUGAGUCCAUUAGAGGAACUACAAAUGAUUGAAAGUAAAGUAAUAAACAUGCAACUACUCCAGAAUUACAUUGAUCAAAUAAACAACAAAGUUUUAGAGAAACGAGAAAAGGGAAAAAAUAAUACUUGA